CAUUCCAGCCAUUGCCAAUCCCCACCUCCUCACUCACACAGGACAACUCUUCUCCCACAACUCCACCUCCUACCAGCUCAACCACACUACCAACGCAGGCAGCCUCCAUGGACGCUGUGGAGUCCUCGUCACCGUACUCUCCGCCCUCGCUGCGCCACAAGCUGCGGACCACCGUCUGCGCCUGCUUCGGCUCGCCGGGCAGCGGCGGGGAGAGGCCGCACACGGGGGGCGGCAGGAGCAGGUGGAGGCGACGCGUGGCAGCCACGGGGGAGUUCAGGUACGACCCGCUCAGCUACGCGCUCAACUUCGACGACGGCGCCAGCGACGACGACGCGGAGGACGCCGCCUUCAGGCACAGAAACUUCAACUCGCGCCUGCCCCCCUCGCCGACGCCCGCCUCCCGGGCCGUCGCAAUUGCCUGAACUGAAUUUUGGCAGCAAUCGUCCCUUUUAACUUUUUGUAGCUUCCGUCUCUCUGGUUUUCCUUCUUCUCUGAGCGAGACUGAAUGUCUGAAUCAGUGAAUCACUACAUCUGUAAAAGCAGUUUAUACGGCCGGGGAAACGUACGUACCGAGGAGUAGCAAACUAGCAAUAGCAACAUGUACUUACACAUAUAAGAAUCAAUCAGUCCAUUUUAAUGUUC